GCUCCACGCCAGGGGCCACUGCAAAGCCAGGGCGCAGCAAAGUAGGGCCGAGAGGACCGAGUCUUGCGCAAAGCCAGCAGCCCUGCGGCCAAGGCGGAGACCGAAGAGGGGCUCCAGGCACCGAUCAUCGCGUUGCCCGCUGCCCCCUGCCCCGGAGGCGUCCCAGGGCACUCCUCGUCCCUGCAGCAGCCUCCCUGCCAGUCUCUGCUGCGCGGUGCCUCCAACUCUGCGCUAGAAGAAAAACUUCCCGCGCACCCGCAGAACUGCAUCGCCUCUUUCCCAGUGACUCCGGGAGUCCCGUCCGCGGCCGGCUCUGCGCGCACUUUCAAAGAAUAAUAGUAACUGUAACAACCCAGAGUGAGGCCAGCGAGGCUCUGUGCUCCCGACCCGAACAAUAGCCCCCUCGCUCCGUGCACUGCGGCGCGCGGUGCCUCCCGGGACUCGGGUGCAGCGACCGGUCCCCGCGGGGUUUCGAAGGCGCACAGGAGGCAGCGACAUGGGGAACGCGGAGCUGGCGCGGCGGCCUCGGGGCUCACAGCCUGCGCCCGCGCUGCUACUGCUCGCGGCCGCUGCAGCACUGCUGCUCCUGCCGGGCGCGCGCGGGCGCCCCGCAGAGGAAGACGAGGAGUUGGUGCAGCCCGCCUUGGAGCGUGCGCCGGGACACACGACCACGCACCUCCGCCUGGACGCCUUCGGUCGGCAGCUGCACCUGGAGCUGCAGCCCGACCGCGGCUUCCUGGCGCCGGGUUUCACGCUGCAGACCGUGGGGCGCAGGCCCGGGCCCGACGCGCUGCGUCCGGAGGCCGCCGGUGACCUGGCGCACUGCUUCUACUCCGGCACGGUGAACGGCGACUCCGGCUCGGCCGCCGCUCUUAGCCUCUGCGAGGGCGUGCGCGGCGCCUUCUACCUGCAGGGCGAGGAGUACUUCAUCCAGCCCGCGCCCGUCGCAGCCACCGUGCGUCUCGGCGCCGCCGCCGCCGCCGCCGCCGCCGGGGAGGAGCCACCGGAGCGGCCCCAGUUCCAUCUCCUGCGGCGGAGGCGGCGAGGCGGCGGCGGCGCCAAGUGCGGGGUCACGGACGACGAGACCCGGAUCGCGGGGGGCGCGAGCCGGGAGGGAGAGGACGCCCGGGCGCAGUGGCCGCGGCGGGACCCGGCGCCGCAGCGGGCGGGACAGCCGACAGGAACUGGAAGCAUAAGAAAGAAGCGGUUUGUGUCCAGCCACCGCUAUGUGGAAACUAUGCUUGUGGCCGACCAGUCCAUGGCAGAGUUUCACGGCAGUGGCCUGAAGCACUACCUUCUUACCUUGUUCUCGGUGGCAGCCAGGCUGUACAAACACCCCAGCAUUCGGAAUUCAGUGAGCCUGGUGGUAGUGAAGAUCCUGGUCAUCUACGAGGAACAGAAGGGGCCAGAAGUGACCUCCAACGCCGCCCUCACUCUACGGAACUUCUGCCACUGGCAGAAGCAGCACAACCCGCCCAGUGACCGGGAUGGAGAGCACUAUGACACAGCGAUUCUCUUCACCAGACAGGACCUGUGUGGGGCCCAGACAUGUGACACUCUUGGGAUGGCUGAUGUUGGAACCAUAUGUGAUCCCAGCCGAAGUUGCUCAGUCAUAGAAGAUGAUGGCUUGCAGGCCGCCUUCACCACAGCUCAUGAACUAGGCCACGUGUUUAACAUGCCACAUGACGAUGCAAAGCAGUGUACCAGCAUUAAUGGCAUUGACCAGAAUUCCCACAUGAUGGCGUCAAUGCUUUCCAACCUGAACCACAGCCAGCCUUGGUCUCCCUGCAGUGCCUACAUGAUUACGUCAUUUCUGGAUAAUGGUCACGGGGAAUGUCUGAUGGACAAGCCCCAGAGCCCCAUCCAGCUCCCCUCGGAUCUCCCCGGGACCUUGUAUGAUGCCAACCGGCAGUGCCAAUUUACCUUUGGGGAGGAGUCCAAACACUGCCUGGAUGCAGCCAGCACGUGCAUGACCCUCUGGUGCACAGGCACUUCUGGCGGACUGCUGGUGUGUCAAACCAAACACUUCCCUUGGGCAGACGGCACCAGCUGUGGGGAAGGGAGAUGGUGUAUCAACGGCAAGUGUGUGAACAAGACGGACAAGAUGCACUUUCAUACUCCUGUUCAUGGAAGCUGGGGACCAUGGGGACCCUGGGGAGAAUGUUCGAGAACGUGUGGUGGAGGAGUUCAGUACACAAUGAGGGAAUGCGACAACCCGGUCCCCAAAAAUGGAGGGAAGUACUGUGAAGGCAAGCGCAUGCGCUACAGGUCAUGUAACAUUGAAGACUGUCCAGACAACAAUGGAAAAACCUUUAGAGAGGAACAAUGUGAGGCACACAAUGAGUUUUCUAAAGUGUCCUUUGGGAGUGGGCCCGCAGUGGAGUGGACACCCAAGUAUGCUGGAGUCUCACCCAAGGACAGAUGCAAGCUCAUCUGUCAAGCCAAAGGCAUUGGCUUCUUCUUCGUUUUGCAGCCCAAGGUGGUUGACGGUACCCCGUGUAGCCCAGAUUCUACCUCCGUCUGCGUGCAGGGACAGUGUGUAAAAGCUGGUUGCGAUCGUAUCAUAGACUCCAAAAAGAAGUUUGAUAAAUGUGGCAUCUGUGGAGGAAAUGGAUCUACGUGCAAGAAAACAUCAGGCUCGGUGACCAGUGCAAAACCUGGAUAUCACGAUAUUGUCACAAUUCCGGCUGGAGCCACAAACAUCGAAGUGAAGCAGCGGAAUCACCGGGGAUCCAGAAAUAACGGGAGCUAUCUUGCCAUCAAAGCUGCCGAUGGCACCUAUAUCCUGAACGGUGACUUCACUCUGUCCACUUUAGAGCAAGACAUUACCUACAAAGGGACUGUCCUGAGGUACAGUGGUUCCUCUGCCUCGUUGGAAAGAAUCCGCAGCUUCAGCCCUCUCAAAGAGCCCAUAACCAUCCAGGUCCUCACAGUGGGCAAUGCCCUCCGCCCCAAAAUCAAGUACACCUAUUUUGUGAAGAAGAAGAAGGAAUCUUUCAACGCCAUCCCUACUUUCUCCGAAUGGGUCAUCGAAGAGUGGGGCGAAUGCUCCAGGUCGUGCGGACGGGGUUGGCAGCGGAGACUGGUGGAGUGCCGGGACAUUAACGGGCAGCCCGCCUCCGAGUGCGCCAAGGAAGUGAAGCCGGCCAGCACCAGACCCUGCGCGGACCUGCCCUGCCCCCACUGGCAGCUCGGGGAUUGGUCCCCAUGUUCCAAGACCUGCGGGAAGGGUUACAAAAAGAGAACCUUGCAGUGUCUGUCCCAUGAUGGGGGGGUCUUGUCUCACGAGAGCUGUGAUCCUUUGAAGAAACCGAAGCAUUACAUAGAUUUUUGUACGAUGGCAGAAUGUAGUUAA